AUGAUGUCUAUGAAUAGCAAACAACCUUUUAGUAUGCAUCCUAUUUUACAUGAGCCGAAAUACACUCCUCUACACUCAAGCUCGGAGGCCAUCCGGCGGGCAUGUCUGCCCACUCCCUCGCUGCAGGGCAACAUUUUCGCCGGUUUCGACGAGACGCUGCUGCAGAGAGCGGAGGCGCUGGCGGCGGUGGACAUUGUGACUCAGAAAGGCCACCCGUUCAAACCGGACGCCACGUAUCAUACCAUGACCACCAUGACUAGCAUGGCAUGCACUCCCACGUCGUCCUCUGCGCAUCUCCAUCACCCGUCCGUCCUGACAUCGCACCAUCAUCACCCUCACCAUCAGCCGGCCCAAGGCCUGGAAGGAGACCUGCUUGACCAUCUCACUCCCGGCAUCUCUCUCGGCGGCAUGCCCGGGUCGGACGUCUGCUCCACGGCCUCUCACCCGCACUCUCACAUGUCGGCUAUCAACCACAUGCAGCACCACCACCCACAGAGCAUGAACAUGCAUCCCCACAGUCUGGGCUCGCACACCUCGCUGGGCGGAGCUGGAGACUCCGAGCCUGACCCGCGGGAGCUGGAAUCUUUCGCCGAGCGCUUCAAGCAACGGCGAAUCAAACUUGGGGUCACUCAAGCCGACGUCGGGGCGGCGUUGGCGAACCUUAAAAUCCCUGGAGUGGGUUGUCUGAGUCAAAGCACUAUUUGUCGGUUCGAAUCGCUCACUUUGUCUCACAAUAACAUGGUGGCACUGAAACCCAUCCUUGAAGCGUGGCUGGAGGAAGCGGAGCGGGCCCAGAGAGAGAAAAUGACCAAACCGGAGAUUUUUAACGGCGGGGACAAAAAACGAAAACGCACUUCCAUUGCCGCGCCCGAGAAACGGUCUUUGGAGGCUUAUUUCGCAGUACAGCCGCGACCUUCCUCGGAGAAAAUAGCUGCCAUAGCCGAGAAACUGGAUCUGAAAAAGAACGUGGUCCGGGUGUGGUUUUGCAAUCAGCGACAAAAACAGAAAAGAAUGAAGUUUUCGGCGGCGCACUAG